GUGAUGCUCGUCAAGGCGCGCGACCACGGGACGGUGUACGCGAUGAAGGUGCUCUCCAAGGCGGUGCUGCUGGAGCGCAAUGAGGUGACGCACACGCGGACCGAGCGGAAGACGCUCGAGGACACGCACCACCCCUUCCUCGUCCACCUGCGCUUCGCCUUCCAGAGCCCGUCCAAGCUGUUCCUCGUCAUGGACUACUGCUGCGGCGGCGAGCUCUUCUACCACCUCAAGUGCCGCGGCCGCUUCGACGAGCCACGCGCGCGGCUGUACGCGGCCGAGAUCGCGUCGGCGCUC